AUGAAAGCUGCGAAAGCGCGAGUUGCCGAAUCAUUAGCUGCGGCUACCAAGGCUGGGGUCGAUCAGGAAGACAUCGUGGCAGCCUCACAGGCGCCAGCUGAGGAGGACGAGGAGGAGCAAGACGAGAAAGAAAAGGAAAAAGAGCAAAAGAAGAUAACCAAGAAGGAGAAGAAGAAGAUCGCCAAAGUCGCUUCUGUAGCGGCAGCUCAAGCCAAAGAGGAGGGCAAAUCGAUUGCAGAAGUCGGCAAAGCUGCGACGCAGGCGGCGAAGGCCUGGGGUGGCGAUCCGCAAGACAUCAAGCUUGCGGCUGCAGAACGCACUUCCAAGGAAACGGCCCUCAAGAUUGCGAAGGGCGAAAUCACCGUGGACCCCAAGAAAACUGAGGAGGAGGAGUCCUCCUCAAGCAGCUCCAGCAGCUCGAGUUCUGCCGAAGAAGAGGAGGAUCUUGGCGAGAUGGAUCGCCACAAAGCCAAGAUGGACGGAAUGGCAGCGAUCUAUUAUUGGGGCAUGGGCCGCUGA